ACAAGCAGCAUGACCUCAACCAUGUUGGAAGCAUUCUUCCAUGGAUAUACCCAGCGUGCAACCGAAGAUGUGUUGACGGUGGUGGCCGUCAAAUCUGUCUUAGAUGACAUGAUUGCCGACAUUGAGACGUGGAUACACGAGACGGAGCGCAAUGCGUUGACAACGGAACUGGAGAAAGCCAACGCUGCCCUCGCACAGUAUGCCAUAGCCGAACGCAUCCACUGGGACGAGAAGCAAAAUGUACUUCAAACAGUCCACCUGUUGCAACUACAAGGGCGAACUCUCGUACGGAAGCUCAAGACAGAAGCCGAACUUGUUGCCCAAGACGUGCUCAACAAAGCAAGGCUCGAAAAGGAACUUGCAGAAUCUAAGGAAAAGAUCGCGUCGUAUGCUACGUUGUCGAGGGAACUGUCCCGUUCCCAGCGCGAAGUCCGCGAGCUGCACCGGCGACUGGGCAUUCAGAACGUUCUCAAUCCCUCAGCGAUCCAAGAGAAGGCUGGACCUCCACCAAACCACGACCCGACAUCGACGCCAACGGGGCUGGCAUCCCUGUCGGACGCGACGCUGCUCAACAUUUUCUCAAACGUAGAUGCCAUGGAUGUACUCGCCAUGAGCUUGACUUCCAAAGCGUGGAAGUCACGAAUACAUGUCAUGUUUGGGUUGAAAAAAGAAAAGCUGCAGCGCCGCACGGCACUACCCCCCACGAUUCCAAAACCGCUGAAUGUUAAGCCAUCGCUUCGCCCCGUGCCAGCUUUGGACAAGUCGCAGCUGGCACGGGCAGACGACAUGAUCAAGUCCUUCAAUGCAAAGGAAAUGAAAUUUUUCCACGACUUGAUGAUUCGCAUGAAGACGUUGGAGGUAGCUGCGGCGGCCGCCAAUUUAUCCGACGACCCAGCUUGGAUGGGAAUUGUAGAAGCACUUGACGGCACUUCAAGCCGAAAAGGAAGACCUGGCAGCACGGUUGCAAGGGGCGGAAAACGUUCGCGAUUUCUUGAUGGAGAAGCUCACCGACGUCGAGGAUGCGUUGGCGCUCGCCAUCGAAGACAAGGUCCCACAGCCAGUGUUCCGCCGCACGGGACGACCUGACCUUGCGUGUGUGCCCAGGCGCUGGCGGACGCGCAAUCCAACUUGGAUCGCGAAGUCAUGGCUUACCUCGAUGCCAAGUCGCAAGACGCCGACGAAGUUCUUCAGCUCUACGUAACGCAAAACCAAGAAGCCAAGUACGAACUGGAACACCUGCGCCAACAACACGACGCUAAAUCUCAAGUGCUAGAGGACAUGAUGCGGUGCCUAACCGCGGAGAAGGAAGCUGUCGAGCGGCAAGCCAAGGGUCAGAAAAAAGUCCUCGUCAAGGAGAUUCGAACGUUGCGCGCGGAAAAUUCCAAGUUGCAUUUGGAGUGCAGUGGGUAUCGCGCUCAGUUGAAGCAACUCAAAGAGUCGCUGGCCCACCUGGACGCCCUCGACAUGGACAGUUAACUUAAAGUAGGGCCUUCCAUCGACAAUGCUUUGUCACCGAGCUCCUGUCGCUCACUCCGACAUGGUUUAAAAGAAUAGUAGAAUUGGUUCGUUCAAAGCAGACUCUGGCGACAGAGCCGCGACUACGACGUUGAGAUGCACUCCGUGUUUGC